GAGCGGAGCGAGAGCGGGCCGCCGCCCAGCAGUAGACGCUGUUCCAGCCAGUCGAGCCGCAGUCGCUGCGGUGUGUGAGUGAGCCCGGACGCGGUCCCCUCUCUCGCCGCCGCCAUGGGCUGCACGUUGAGCGCGGAAGACAAGGCGGCGGUGGAACGGAGCAAAAUGAUCGAUCGCAACUUGCGGGAGGAUGGGGAGAAAGCGGCCAAAGAAGUGAAGCUGCUGCUCCUCGGUGCUGGAGAAUCUGGUAAAAGCACCAUCGUGAAACAGAUGAAAAUCAUUCACGAGGAUGGCUAUUCAGAGGAAGAAUGUAAACAGUAUAAAGUCGUUGUCUAUAGCAAUACUAUCCAGUCCAUCAUCGCCAUCAUCAGAGCCAUGGGACGCCUGAAGAUCGACUUUGGGGAAGCUGCCAGAGCAGAUGACGCCCGGCAGUUGUUUGUUCUAGCCGGCAGUGCUGAGGAAGGAAUCAUGACUCCGGAGCUAGCAGGCGUGAUUAAACGAUUGUGGCGAGAUGGUGGGGUGCAAGCUUGCUUCAGCAGAUCCAGGGAAUAUCAGCUUAAUGAUUCUGCUUCAUACUACCUAAAUGAUUUGGACAGAAUAUCCCAAACCAACUACAUUCCAACUCAGCAAGAUGUGCUGAGGACAAGAGUGAAGACCACAGGCAUCGUGGAAACGCACUUCACCUUCAAAGAGCUGUACUUCAAGAUGUUUGACGUAGGUGGCCAAAGAUCAGAGAGAAAAAAAUGGAUUCACUGUUUCGAGGGAGUGACGGCAAUUAUCUUCUGUGUGGCCCUCAGUGAUUAUGACCUUGUUCUGGCUGAGGAUGAGGAGAUGAACCGAAUGCACGAAAGCAUGAAACUGUUUGAUAGUAUUUGUAACAACAAAUGGUUUACAGACACUUCAAUUAUUCUCUUCCUCAACAAGAAAGACCUUUUUGAGGAAAAAAUAAAGAGGAGUCCAUUAACUAUCUGUUAUCCAGAAUACACAGGUUCCAAUACAUACGAGGAAGCAGCUGCUUACAUUCAGUGCCAGUUUGAAGAUCUGAACAGAAGAAAAGACACCAAGGAGAUCUACACCCACUUCACUUGUGCCACAGAUACCAAGAAUGUGCAGUUUGUUUUUGAUGCUGUUACAGAUGUCAUCAUUAAAAACAACUUAAAAGAAUGUGGACUUUAUUGAAGAGUGUGGAUGUGUAUAAAAGUUACUGCAGUGUGGAGUGUUGAGACCAGACUUCUUUUGCUGUCUCAGGGGCAGCUACAAGCAUGAAUGGGACCAGGGAAUGGCGGCAGCGUGCAGCAUCUUGGCGCUCUUCCGCUCAGCCUUCUGUAUCUAGGGGACUCUAAAUUGACACGAUGCUAACGUCAGACAUUGGAAUUGAAACAGCUGUAAAGUAUGAUUCGAUCAGCAGGACAUCCCUUGGAUUUCGUAAUAUCAAAUGUUUAGGCCAGAUGUGGAGUUGAGGUGCUGCAUUCUGGAACUUAAUAUGUAGCUUACUCUUUUUUCCUUCUUAAAUCACCAGUAGUUCAUUUUUAAGGUUUGUUGUUGUUUUUUUUUAUCAAGAGAAGAAUAACUUUACUAAAUUUUAUUUCUUUGGAAAGGAAUCUUUAUUAAAACAAACAGUCUUAACGGUGUGAUGUGACCAUAUCAUUUUGAAAAUAUUCCUCUUAGUAGGAACUCUUGGUUUUUAAUUGUUGGUACGGUCAGACUUAGUAUUUCCAUAAUUGUUUAAUUCUUUACAGUUUUCGGGACUAUAAUUAUAGCUCUUUUUCUGGAAGAAAUUUGUUACUAUCCUGUUUGAGUACCUAUUAUGUUUUUAAAUGGUAUUUACAUUGGAGAGUUUGUAAUAAACUCUCUGUUUUUUAAGCUUAAGGUUGAAAACUUUGUUUAUGCUGAUUACCAAAUUACUAGAUUAAUGCCGAUAUUUUAUGAUACAGUCAGCUUCUUGAAUACAGACACACCCAGGGCAGCUGCCAAUCAGAAAGGCAAAUGGCCAAGUCCCAAACAGAAUCAGUGACUUUGCUGCUACGUAGCUACUGAAUUGGCCACUUCAAUUCUUGCUUGUUUGUCUCAGUCAUAGGAGUUUGUAAAAGAUGCCCCUUGUUUUCCAUCUUCGUGGCCUUUUCUGUUGGGAAACAUCUGAAGUGUAUUAACAGUGCAUGCUUUUACUUUGUAAACGUGGUGCCAAAUCCCUGUUUGCCAUUGUUUUUCAUUGUAGCAAUGUUAAUUGUAGUAACCCUUAGUACUUCUUUUGCCGAAACAAUUGCAUUUUGGGACAUUUUUCCACUUUGUUGUGUGUACAGAUUUAAGCUGUUAGAGUUUGGCAGCAGUAUUAAAAUGGUGAGUAAAGAGCCCA